GUGACAAAACAAAAGCCAUUACUAGUUUCAACAACAUGCAUAAAUGUCUCGUAAAAUUAUCGAGUGUCAGCUUUAAUCUCAAUGUUAGCGGCUAAAUGCUUCGGUUGCGGCUACAAAUGUUACUAUUUUCUCACGUGACAUUUUUUUUGGCGUAAUGAUACAUUUUAAGCAUUGCGUGACACAUACCAUGAAACAAUGUUUGCAAGCUUAGCUUUCCUUAGCUUUUUGAAUGCACAAAUGCCACGAAUAGUUUACAAACGAAAAUGUAAUUUAACAAAAUACACAAAAAUAUCGUCUCAGGUGAAGAAACAGAAGUUGGAAAGCGGAAAUGAGGCACCCCUGAGUCCUGAGCAGUUGGAGCGCAUCGCCAAAAACAAGAAGGCGGCUCUGGAGCGGCUUCAGAGUGCAGCUCCUGACGGGAUUGGAGAGAGCUGGAGGAAAGCCCUCAGUGCUGAAUUCGGGAAGAGCUACUUUAAAUCAUUGAUGUCAUUUGUUGGCGAAGAAAGGAAAAAGCACACAAUCUAUCCACCUCCACAUGCAGUUUUCACCUGGACACAAACCUGUGACAUUAAAGAUGUCAAGGUUGUGAUUCUCGGCCAGGAUCCUUAUCAUGGACCUAACCAGGCUCAUGGGCUUUGUUUCAGUGUUCAGAGACCUGUGCCCCCUCCACCAAGUUUGGUGAACAUAUUCAAAGAACUGGCUUCAGACAUCGAAGGCUUUGUGCAGCCGGAUCACGGAGAUCUCACAGGAUGGGCAAAUCAAGGUGUCCUGCUGCUGAAUGCUGUGCUGACGGUUCGAGCACACCAGGCCAACUCUCAUAAAGACAAGGGCUGGGAGACUUUCACAGAUGCUGUGGUGCACUGGCUCAGCUCUAACAUGCAGGGUCUUGUUUUCAUUCUCUGGGGCUCUUACGCUCAGAAGAAGGGAGCUGCCAUCAAUAAGAAGCAGCACCAUGUUCUGCAAGCAGUGCAUCCGUCACCACUGUCUGCUCACCGUGGAUUCUUCGGUUGUAAACAUUUCUCAAAGGCCAAUGAACUGCUCAAGAAGUCAGGGAAGAAGCCCAUUGACUGGAAAGCUCUGUGAUGGUUUUCCUUCAUGGUUAUACAUGGAAUGCAGUCUGUCCUGUUUCUGUUUUCAUUUCCUGCUGAAAUUUUCAUACGUGCAUUUCAUCUUGUUUGUUUGUUGCUCUUAUGUUAUUAACUCAAGAGUCAGUUUUUUUAAUGUACAAUUGUUCAUUUUACAUCUACUUUUUGUGUGUUUACGCCUUCAGCUGUUACUGAUAGCAGUUAAACAUUUAGAACACUACUAACAACAGUAAAUGUUUUCAUGUUUAUCACAAUAAACUAUUUUUCUACUGAA